AUGGACGAAUCAACCUUUCCAGUCACGCCUAAUGCGGUCGCAGUCCCUAUAUUGGCAUUGAUAGCGCUCAUCAUCGAUGUUCCUCCAUUUGUCUGGCACAUCAGAAAUCGCAAUCUAGCAGCAUCAAGCCUGGUGUUUUGGGUCAUCAUCUCCAACCUCAUGAACUUCAUCAAUCCGCUCAUCUGGCCAACAGACGACAUACAGCAUUGGUGGCAUGGUCAGAUUCUCUGCGACAUCGAGAUCAAACUCCAGAUGGCUGUCAAUUUUGGUGUCGUUGGCUCCAUGGCGUGCAUCAUGCGCAAUCUAGCAAAGGCCCUGGAUCCUGAGAAGACAGUUCUAUCCCUAAGCAAGGAACAACGCCGUAGACAGACCAUUACCAAUUGCCUGUUCUGCUAUGGAGGAUCCAUAUACGUCAUGCUCAUUCACUACAUCGUCCAGCCAAACAGAUACUACAUCUACGCAAUAUCUGGAUAUGCUUACUACAGUGUCCUGGUCAUCGUCCGAAUGCGCAGAUACCGCAAAGACUUCUCAGAAAUCCUCGUAUCGUCGAAUUCCAAUUUGACAAAGAAUCGGUUCCUACGCCUGUUUCUCCUGUCAAUGGCACUCAUAGUCACCUUUAUCCCGCUUCAAUUUUAUGUCCUCUUCGUCAACUCGGCCGAGCCUCCUCUGCUCCCAUACAGCUGGGACUUGAUUCAUAGUCCACAAUGGCAGGACAUCAUGCUGAUACCUACUGGUGGUGAGGUGUACUACGACCGCUGGAUUCAAAUUGCUCUUGGAUAUGGAGUGUUUCUGUUCUUCGGAUUGGGUCAAGACGCACAGACUCUGUACCGCAAAUGGCUCCUCAAGCUUGGAUUUGGACGAGUGUUUCCUGGUCUACACCGCCAACCUGCUCGCCGUACAAUCCUGCCGACAAGCAGCCAUACCAGCUCUUUUGGCAGUAGAACACGAAGCUUCUUCAAGGACCGAUUGUUCCGGAUGUCUAUGCUUUCUUUACACAGCAAAGGAGAUUCUACCACCGCAUCAACUGCGACUUUAUCCCCAGUCGAACAACAGAGGGGCUUUGGCCGACUCUCGACGAUCAACGAAAACGGGCCCAGAGCCGGCGACGCUCUAAGCGCCUCAAAAGAUUCUAUGGACGAGAAGGGUCCUUCCACAAAGUUCCCGCAUUCAUGGCUUACAAAGUUCCUUGUUGAUGCCCACCUGUCAGCGCCCAAUCGUCGCUGGGAAGCAAACUCGAACAGAUCUCCACAACAGUGGUAA